AUGGCCGGCGCAAAUGCUACAGAUUCCCUGGGGUUGAGUCGGACUAGGAAAGACCCGUUCUGGUUGGAGGCAAUCAAGCAUCAGGGCAUCGCGCCAUUCCAUCCAAAUGCGUCCCAAUAUCCAGUUUUUCGCAAUGUGAAAGACUAUGGCGCUAAAGGGGAUGGCGUGGCAGACGAUACUGAGGCUAUCAACUUGGCGCUUUCAAGUGGGGACCGCUGUGGCGAGGGAACAUGCCCGUCCUCCACUGUCUCUCCCGCGCUUGUGUACUUCCCCGCCGGUGAGGAUAUCAGGAAAUACGUUAUUUCUCGACCCAUCAUCGCUUGGUACUAUUCCCAGCUCAUCGGUGAUGCCAAACAACCACCGACAUUACUCGCAGCUGCUUCAUUUGAAGGAAUGGCGGUUAUAGACGCCGAUCCUUACAUCCCUGGUGGGGGAGGUCGGCAAUGGUACAUAAAUCAAAAUAACUUUUUCCGAUCUGUUCGAAAUUUCAUCAUUGACCUGCGUCGGAUGCCAUCUUCUGCUUCCGCAACUGGUCUUCAUUGGCAAGUGUCUCAAGCCACUUCUCUGAUGAACAUCGUCGUGCAGAUGUCCACGAAAAGAAACACUGGUCAUCAGGGUAUUUGGAUGGAAAACGGAAGUGGUGGGUACAUGGGCGACCUAACAUUCAACGGGGGUAAAUAUGGAAUUUGGGGAGGCAAUCAACAAUUCACUGUUCGUAAUGUUGUUUUCAACGACGUUCAGACAGCUGUAUACGGUGUUUGGAAUUGGGGUUGGACAUUCCAGGGAGUUUCUAUCAAUAACUGCCAGAUCGGCUUCGACCUACAAAUCGGGGGGACAACAGCUGCCGCACAGGGUGUAGGGUCUGAGGCGAUCAUCGACGUUGAAGUCAGGGAUACGCCAAUAUUCAUUCGCACGUCUGUGUCCAGCCAAGGACAACUUCGAGGCUCUCUGGUUCUGAAUAACAUCGAACUCAACAAUGUCAAGACGGCAGUAGGCGUCGCUAGUGGAGAGGUGCUCCUUCAAGGCGGGAAGCAUAAGAUCAUCGAUACGUGGGCGCAAGGCAACAUAUACUCCACGUCCGUUUACCACAAGUUCGUACAGGCAGAGGUCGCGUCGCCAUACAAACCCGCCUCGUUGCUGGAUAAACACGGUAGAAUAGUCUCGAAGAUGCAUCCUCAAUACGAAGAUAUCAGCGCCGACAGGUUCUUGAGCGCCCGAGAUCACGGUUGCAAAGGGGAUGGCCAUACUGAUGAGACCCAAGCCCUCCAAACCUUGCUCAAUAAAGCCGCAAACGAGAACAAGCUCGUAUUUAUAGAUGCUGGUGUUUACGUUAUCACGGACACACUGAAGGUCCCCGCUGGAAGUCGUGUCGUUGGUGAGGCCUGGUCAGUCAUUUCGGGGAAAGGAAAAAAUUUCCAAGAUCCGAAUGAGCCUCGAGUAAUGGUGCAAGUUGGUGGAAAAGGAUCAAUAGGUACUGUGGAGAUCACGGACAUCAUGUUCUCCACGAUUGGGCCAGCGGGUGGCGCUAUCGUGAUAGAGUGGAACAUACGCGAUCCUGUGGGCCGACCUGCAAGUUGCGGGAUGUGGGACUCCCACAUAAGAUUGGGUGGCGCUGCUGGCACUGAUCUUGAUUUUGCCCACUGCCCGAAAGGCUCAGCAGACGAUGCAUGCAUGGCGGCUUUCCUGGCACUCCACCUGACGAGGCACUGUUCGGCGUAUCUCGAGGGAACGUGGGUAUGGCUUGCAGACCACGACCUUGAUGUACUAGAAGAAGAUCAGAUCACUCUUUUCUCCGGGAGAGGUAUCCUGUCAGAAUCUCAAGGUCCAGUUUGGAUGAUUGGUACAGCUGAACACCACGUUCUCUAUCAAUAUAAUCUAUACGAGGCCAAAGAUCAUUAUAUGGGUUUGAUACAGACUGAAUCGCCAUAUUUUCAGCCCACGCCUGCCGCGCCCCACCCGUUUCCGCCGUCCGAAAAAUAUAAUGAUCCAUCCUUUGAAUCACUGACCUCUUCCUGGGCGUUGUACGUUCAAAAAUCUCAACGUAUCACCAUCUUUGGCGCCGGGUUGUACAGUUUUUUCAACAACUAUAGUCAGGCUUGCCUUGACACGAAGACGUGUCAGUCCCAGAUCGCCAAUAUCGACACGAGCACCAGUGUUCGUAUCUACGGCUUGUCAACCGUCGGGGCCACCUUCCAGCUCAGCAUCAAUCAUGUCGGUCUCAUUAAUCAAGCGGAUAAUCAAAAUGGAUUCCAAGAGACCGCUACGGCAUUCUUGACUGAGCCAUAA